CGCCCGUACAGGGUUAACGUAAACAACUACUUCAGUCUCAGAGCGAGUGACGUCGCCGAUUAAACGCUACUAGCGCGCACAGCUAACUAGCUAGACAUUUCACAUCGGUUAUAAUAUGUCAUUUCAACAAAAGGUUAAGCCAAAUUGGACAAGUUAAUGAGCUCAUGCGCUAUGUGGGGAGCAUGAAUUCCAUUGCAGUAGAUGGUGAUAGGUGGCUGGAUGUUGAGGUAUAGACUAGUGUUGUCAACAGCGUAGAAGGACCGGAAAAAACCGAGAACGCUCGCUCGAGCUCUUGCAAAAAUAAUGAAUAGAUAGCGGAAGAGAAUCGAGGAAGAAUUCUCAACUCAUCAGGUUUUUAAAAGAGUAGAUUACAUUCUUGUUGAAUUUACUAUAACUCACAAAUGAUGUCGACUAAAAGGACGGUAAUAGUGACAGGGUUUGAACCUUUUGGCGAUCACACCGUGAAUGCUAGCUGGGUGGCAGUGCAGGAACUGGAGCGGUUGGGCUUGGGUCAGAGUGUGGAUCUAUAUGUCUGUGAGGUGCCAGUGGAGUACCAGGCAGUUCAGAGUCUACUGCCAUUGCUAUGGAAACAGCAUCAGCCACAGUUGGUGGUCCAUGUCGGGGUCUCUGGGAUAGCCACCACGGUCACCCUGGAGAAAUGUGGCCACAACCACGGCUACAAGCGGGUGGACAACUGCAGCUUCUGUCCAGACUCUCAGUGCUGCAUGGACGGUGGUCCUGACUGCAUCGAUUCAGUCAUAGACAUGGACCUGGUCUGCAAGAGGGUCAACUCCUCAAGGCUGGGCGUGGCAGUGUCAGUAUCAAAGGACGCAGGCCGAUACCUGUGUGACUACACCUACUACACGUCGCUGUACCUGGGGAAGGGCAGGUCAGCGUUUGUGCACGUUCCUCCUCUGGAGAAGCCCUACAGUGCCCAGGACCUAGGCAGAGCCUUGCAGGCCGUAGUGGGGGAGAUGCUGGAGCUUGUGGGUCAAGCUGAGGAUGAUGACCACCACCACGACCACCACCACUGCAGCCACCAGCACCAUCAGCACGCUCACUAAAGAAGGACUUCUGGUGACCUCUGUCCUCAACUCACUGCUCCUGUCCCCAAUUGACAGAUAAAGCACUUAAAGCUGGAAUCCGUAAUUGAAACAAUAACAAAACAGAGACCCAGCCUCUGUUUUGGUAAAAAGCUGAGGG